AAAAGUCAAUUUGAAAAAAAUAACACGAGGCCAACAAUAUUGAUAUCCACAAGUAGCUAACACUUCCAGGAAUUACGCCCCGCCCAUUUGUCGCCAGACGAGUGCGCCUGGGCCGAUCGACAGGUAGUCGAAGUUCGAUCGUCGCUACUUACGCACGUAACUGUUCUCGGCGCUACCAUUGCAACGGUUUUUAUAAAGUGAAUGUUUAAUUUUCAAAGUGAGUUAUUACAGUAAUUGUGAUGGAUUCUCAAACUUCAGGGUCUUCUAGUGCCUCUGGCUUUAAAGUAGUUACUCGGAAGUACUUGUUCGACCAGAUGCAAAGUCAAGAUUUACCAAAUUUCGGUGAAAAACUGGACUAUUUGGAAAAUAAUCUGCUGGAGUGUUAUGGAGUUACUGAAGAGAGUAAAAAGACUCUGAAGCAUAAUUUUUCCUACAUAAAAUCUCAAAUGAAACAAAGGUGGUUGAAAGCACACAAAGUAGAAGAAGUUUUUUUAAAAAAUAACCAGUCCUGGUUAGAGGGCACUUUUGAAAUUCCUAUUGAAACGCCUCGCCAAGGCCGACCUUGCAAAUCCUUUGCGGAUUCAAGUGAACGUAGCAAGAGGAGAAAGACUGAGGAAAUACGUUCGUCUACAGAACCAGAGGUCAUUGUACAUGCCGCACAAGUAGUUUUGCAAAAGGAUGGCAAAAGGGAUGCCUCGACAGUUCUCAAAGACGUUACGAAAUCGCCGACCCGGGCUAGUAAAUAUAGGAAAGCCUAUUCCAAGGCGAGUGAUAUGAUCGCUCCUUUGACCCCAUUUCAGACCCUGAAAAUGUUUGUAGAAGCCGAUCUCACUCGGCGGCAGUAUGAAAUAAUAAGGGCAACAAACAAAAGGCAUUAUCCUUGCUAUGAUUUAUUGUUGAAAGCAAAACAAGAAUGCUAUCCACCAAAAAGUGCUUUACGGGUAACGGCUACUUGUGCAGAAAUGGAUUUACAAAGCCUUAUAAACCAUACUGUUAUGCGCUUAUCGAUAUUCCUGGAAGAAGUGUUAGUAACACUGAAUGACAAUGAACGGGAGUCAUUAACGUUAAUUUGCAAAUGGGGAUGUGACGGCUCCCAACAAUCACGGUUUAAACAGAAAUUCACAGAUGAUGCCGACUCUGAUGCCAACAUAUUUAUAAGCUCUUUUGUGCCUUUGAAAAUUGUUUGUGGAGAAAACAAUGAAAAGACUGUUUGGCAAAAUCCCACGCCUUCUUCUCCACGAUUUUGCCGCCCUAUAAGAUUCCGAUUUAUUAAGGAAUCUACAGAUAUAACAAAAGAGGAAAUCAGUUAUGUGGAAAAUGCCACCAAGUCCCUGACGCCCACUACAGUGAAUUUAGAUGGUGGCGAAUUUAAGUUUAGGCAUAUCAUGAAAAUGACGAUGAUUGACGGAAAAAUUUGCAAUGCAGCAACAAACACAACAUCCACAAGUCGAUGCUAUAUCUGUGGGGCUACUUCAAAGGACUUCAAUGACCUCAGUAAAAGAAAUGAGUCAAGCCCCGAAGCGUUGGAUUUCGGAAUUUCGGUUUUAGAUGCCAGGAUACGGCUUUUUGAAAGCAUAUUGCACCUGGCAUAUAAAUUACCUGUCAAGAAAUACAGAGAAAGGAGAACCCCGGAAGAAAAGCUGUUAGAGCAGAAUAAAAAGAAGGAUAUCCAAGAAAGGUUCCGGACAGAAACUGGUCUCUUAGUAGACAUGCCAAAGGCAAAUUUCGGAAAUACAAAUGAUGGCAAUACCAGCAGACGUUUUUUCGAGGACACCGAGUUGGCGGCUGAGAUAACGGGUAUAAACCAUGAACUGAUUCAUAGACUUAAAGUCAUAAUAGAAGCUAUUUCUUGUGGCUAUAACAUUGAUGUAGCUAAAUACGACAGCUAUGCUUUGGACACAGCAAAGUUAUAUGUGGAGCAAUACGGCUGGCACCCUAUGACACCAACCAUGCACAAGAUUUUGAUUCACGGUGCCAGCAUUAUUCAAAAGGCUUUGUUGCCAAUAGGGCAAUUAUCGGAAGAAGCAGCAGAGGCACGAAAUAAACAUUUUCGGUCCUAUCGGCAAAACUUUUCAAGGAAGUUUUCAAGAGAGGUGUGUAACCUUGAUAUAUAUCAAAGGUUGCUAUUAACAUCCGAUCCUCUUUUAAGCAGUAUGAGGACUGUCAAAAGAAUUUCUCAAAAAUCGUUCUUAAAAGAAACGAUAGCUCUGCUUGUGUCUGCUGAACCGAACGAAGAGAUAGAUCAAGAAAACUCAGACACAGAUCAGGAAACAUGA